UGCUUGGAAGUUCUACGAUUGGGCCCAGCUGGUCGAGGAGGAUACAGAGUCUUUCUGGCUCUUUUUGAAAUGGAUCGCAAUAGAUUGCGCGUUUCUCUUCGGGCUUCCCGAGUUGAGGAUACCAUGGCUUGAGCUGUCACAGCCGUUCGUUGUCGUGGCAUUUUUUUUCCAUGCCGUCUUUGACUGGAUGCUCAUGUUCAACAUUGGGGUAUGGGAUCUAGUGCAUUUCUGGCGCGUAGCGAUACAGCGUUGCUAACAUCUGCGCAGCUUCCAUGGCAAGCAUGGUUUUUGGGCUUUGCCAAAGUCUUCUACGACCGUGAGCUCGCCAUCUCGGAACACAACGUCAAAGUGUCCAGCAUUUUGCACAAUUCUUCGCUGAUCAUGGGCCGACAAAUCAUAAAUAUUCUUCCUGAGGGUUCCGCCGUUCUUAACCCCGAACUCCACCCUUUUUGUCUGGGCGGCGACCGUAAGACGGUGGCAUUACCUAUGUUCUUCAACGCGACAAUCCCUGUCGAAGUCGAGAUCAUUCGCACAGAUCUCGAGACGAAUCAGCAAGAGUCAAUCAAGUUGACGAGAGUGCAAAUUCGAGAUAUUGAACGGAAGGCGAAGCGGGAAAGCCAGGAGGGAGUUCAGACUGUGGUGCAGUUCGAUUAUCCCGUGAAAAAGCCUGGUGCUUACCAGCUAGGCCGAGUUCUCGACGAGUACAAGCUGGAAGUACAACGGAAGACCCCUCAGACUUUCGUUGUGCCUUGCCCGAAGGCUUGGGUCGGCCCACCGGCCCCUCAAGGACGCUGUGUGGGUGAUCUUUCUGACUUCUCCCUCCAAGUCGAGGGGACUCCUCCGUUGAAGAUCAAGUACAGCCGCACAAUCAACGGCAAGAAUCACAACUUUCACUUCCAAAGUUUGCAACCCGAGGGCUUCAUGUCCCCGCUUGGCUCCCUGCGAUCGGCAAGUCUGUUUGGCCUGGAUGACGAGGAUAUCUCAUGGGCGCGCCCACACCGAGUUCCUGUAGGCCUCAAUGAGUCCAUGCAUGCCAGUGGGGAAUGGCAAUACUCCGUGGAUGAGGUUCAGGACGGUUUUGGGAAUCUGGUCAAAUAUGAUUCUUCCGCUGACGACCUCGAAGGAAAGCCCAAGCCUAAGCACCUUGUGCAGAACUUCGUGGUCAAGGAGCGCCCUCAAGUGCGGCUGGAAGGUUGCGAUUUGAGGAGACCGCUCAAGGUCGCCAAGGGCGACUCCAAGGAGCUCCCCGUUCGGUUCAAGAUCGCUGGACAGGUCCCCGACGUCACAGCACAUACGCUGACCCUCCAAUUUUCACCCAUCGAUACUCUCACCGAAAGCGGAGACCACGGCGAUGAAGUUUCGAUACUGACGCACAAUGCGAAGAAUGCUCGGGAUCGACCUUCCAUCUCGGCUCCCGGCCUGUACACCCUGAAGUCGGUGUCCGCCGGAUCAUGCGAGGGCGAGGUUCAAGAGCCGUCUUCUUGCCUGCUGCUGAACCCUCUCGAGCCCAAGCUCACUAUCCGCUCCGAGGAGAUUUCCGACACAUGUGCCGGAAACUCUAUCGGCCUGCGUGUGGACAUGGACCUCAUUGGUACACCGCCUUUUAUUGUUCGAUACGACGUCAUCUCCAAUGGCGAGCGCCGGUCCGAGAGGGUCAAUAUCCCCGGCCUACGAUACCAGAUGGAUUUAAUUCCCCGCGUUGCCGGACACCACAAGUACAUAUUCACGCAUAUUGGCGACGAUAUCUACAACAAGGGUCGGAGGCUUACUGGGCCCGAGUAUGUCUUAGAACAGGACGUCAAGCCCGCAGCAGCUGCCAUCAUUCAGCACAGCACGGGCAAGGUGAGCUCAUGCCUCGGGGAUGAGGUUGUCACCGACAUCCUGCUGCUUGGCGAUGCUCCGUUCACGCUUGAAUGGGAGAUAAUUCACGAUGGCAAGAGAAAGCAGCACAAGGUUACGGAUAUCCAGGGGAAUACCUACCAGAUCAAAACCAAACCCCUGACGCAAGGUGGCGAGUACACCUUGGGCUUGACGAGCGUCCAGGACAAGAGGGGUUGUAGGAAUUUCUUGCAGGAAGAGCUCAAGAUUUCCGUGAGACGGCAAAGCCCGCGCGCUGCAUUUGGCCAGAUCGAGGGCAAGCGUAAAACCCUGGCCGUGGAGGGCUCCACAGUCAAGCUUCCGGUCCGCCUUACUGGGGAGGGCCCGUGGAAAGUCUUUUAUGCCAACCUCGAGGACGGCCCGGCAGACAACCCGAGAGUUUUGGAAAGGACAGUCAGAAACGACAAUGGGUUCAUCGACGUUAAGGCACGUGGUACCUACAUGAUUACCGACGUCUGGGACAACCAAUGCCAUGGCGUUGUCGAUUCCAAGGCGUCGAAAUUUGAUGUCGACUGGUACCCUCGGCCUCAGAUGUCCGUCGCCCUGACGCAUGGAGUCAGCCAAACGGACAGCGGUUUCGUGGUCGAAGACGUCUGCGAGGGCGAUAUUUCGGGAUUCGAAAUCGCGUUGCAAGGAACACCACCGUACACUGUGGAAUAUGAGGUCCGCCAUCACCCUCUCCAGGGAUCCAGUUCGUUAAGCAAGAGGAAAUUUGACAUCACGGUCGGCAAAGAGACGAUACAGGCGGAUACGGCCAAGGCAGGCACGUACACGUAUAGAUUUACCGCGUUGGAAGAUCACCUAUACAGCAGCGACCGCCAGUUCAAGCCGCUCGUGGUCAAGCAAAAAGUCAACAGAAAACCGGCAGCGUCCUUCGUUAAACCCGGCCAAACUUUCAAAUACUGCAAAUCAGAACAGGACAACGAGGACGGUAUCCCGGUCACACUUACGGGCGUCCCUCCAUUUACGCUCGAGAUUGAAAUCAGGCAUCAGAGCGCCGCUGUGCCCGAGAUCUACCGCACGCCGGCCAUCCAUUCCAACUCAUACGAGAUCCGCAUCCCGCGCCAUCAGCUUCGGCUGGGUACGCAGCAAGUCCGGAUCCGCGACGUCAAGGAUGGCAGUGGUUGCCACUCAAUGGCUGAACUCGGCGGACCUACUGUCCAAGUCCAGCUGUUUGAGGCGCCCACCAUUUACCCAUUGGAAACUCGCACUGACUACUGCGUGGGCGAGCGCAUCUCAUACACCCUCUCGGGCACGCCUCCUUUUGAGGUCUGGUACACUUUCGACGGCGUCGAGCGCAAGGCACGCUCACCCACGACCAGCUUCCGGCGUGUGGCUGAAUCGCCUGGUGAAUUCGCCAUCACGACCAUAGCUGACCGCGCCAGCGAAUGUCGCGCGCCAGUCAAUAUCGUCAAGACGAUUCACCCCAUGCCGGCCGUGCGCAUGAGCCAUGGCCGCAACGCGCGCGUCGAUAUCCAUGAGGGCGGCGAGGUUGAGAUCCUAUUCGAGUUCUGGGGCACCCCGCCUUUCGAGUUCACCUACACGCGCAGUACCAAUGCCCGCAAGGGCCAAAAGAGCCAGGUGCUCGAAACGCGCCAUGAUAUCAGUCACGAACACACCAAGGUGAUACGCACCAGCUUGGAGGGCACGUAUGAGGUGGUGGCGAUUAAGGAUAAAUACUGCGCUUUCUCGACGCAGGGAGCUGAAGUGGGCAAGGAGAAGGUGAAAGGGCAAAAGCUUAUCAAGUAUUAGCCUUUUUUUCUUCUUUUUAGUAAGCGAGGGGGACGAUGGAAGGUGCCUGAAAGUUGAGUAUUGAAGAUUGGGUCAUCUAUUAUGGGACGGUGAUAACUGGGCUCGGUGUUUCCUCCGAGUCUGUGGUAAUUCUUUGUAUCG